AUGAUACUCCUGUCACUCAGAAGUGGUUGCCGGAAUUCCAGUUACGAGCUGUUGUGCCAUCACAGCUUUCCCAGCCGGCGAACGGACGUUCCAGCCCAGGGCCUGUCCCCCCACGAACCUCUCCACCCCUUCCUCUGCAAGAAAACAAACAAGGCUCCCUUCAUCCACCGCAUCCACCCCCCCCCCCGUUGGGCACUCUGCCCACAAUGUUCCAUUACCGGACCGAAGGCUUCAAUGGCUACUCUGUAAAGUACUCCCCCUUCUACGACAACCGUCUCGCUACCGCCGCUAGCGCUAACUUCGGCCUUGUCGGAAACGGCCGAUUAUACAUACUCUCCCUGACCCCAUCGGGGAUCCUCUGCGAGCGAUACUACGACACACAGGACUCGCUCUUCGAUGUUGCCUUCAGCGAGUCGCACGAGAAUCAAGUCGCCGUUGCCAGUGGCGAUGGGAGUAUUAAACUGUUCGAUACAGCGCUGGACGGAGGGUUUCCGAUUGCGAAUUGGGGAGAGCACAAGAGGGAGGUUUUUUGUCUUAGCUGGAAUCUGGUAGAUAAGAGCGGGUUUGUGAGCUCUAGUUGGGAUGGGGAUGUUAAGCUUGUUUGUGCCUUCCAUCUUCUGUGUAAGGGCAGUAGCUGAUGUCUUGGAAGUGGACACCAACCAGCCCCCAUUCACUUCUCACAAUCCCGAUCCACAGCUGCACCUACAGUGCGCUCUUCUCCCCACACUCUUCAACCCUAAUCUCCACCGCAUCCUCAGACUCCACCGUCCGCCUCUUCGACAUCCGCGCCCCACCUUCAUCCCCCACCCUCUCGAUCCCCGUAUCCCCCCGCGCCCCCUCCGAGCUCCUCACUCAGGACUGGAAUAAAUACCGCCCCGACGUCCUCGCCGUCGCCGGAGUCGACAAAGCCAUCCGAACCUUCGACCUGCGCUUCCCAAACAAAGGCCCUCUCUCCGAACUAUUUGGCCACGAAUACGCGGUAAGAAAGGUGGCCUGGAGCCCGCAUUGGGGUGAUGUACUCAUUAGUGCGAGCUACGACAUGACGGUCCGAGUUUGGAGCGACGGGAGUAGCAACGCGACAGAUCCUGGGGCAGGCGGGAUCGGAUGGUUACCGGCGGGGCGAGGCAGGAUGAUGGGUGUCAUGGAUCGGCAUACGGAGUUUUGUGCGGGCGUGGAUUGGUGCUUGUUUGGUGCGGAGGGGUGGGCUGCUAGUGUCGGCUGGGAUGAGGCGGUUUGGGUAUGGGAUGUGGGAAAUGUUAUAGGGAGUCGA